AUGUCUCUUUCUAUUAAUUAUCGAAAUACUGUAAACAUAGUAAAAGUCCCAUUUCCCCCAACCAUUAGUGUAGAUGAAAUCGUAAAAAUUCAUUUAAAAAAUGGUAUUAAGAAUGUUAAUCAAACUCUAAAUGCAUUCAUGAUUUAUCGAAAAGAAUAUAAUCGCGUAGUUGCAAAAUUUAAUCUUUCAAGUAAAGAUGUAUCUAAAUUUGUCAGCAUUUCAUGGAAAAAUGAGCCAGUAAAUGUUAAAGGCUGUUACCAACAGAUGGCAAAAAAUGUAAAAAAAUGUUUCAAAAAAAAAGUUCCUUCUCUUUGUUUUAUCAAUAGUAAUCAAGUAGAUAGUGCAAAUGAUAAUCACGUCCCGUUAGGUACAGUUAAUCCUUCACUUCUUAAUACGAAUCAAAACUAUCCUCCAUCUCUUAAUCAGAAUCAAAAAUUUCUAAACGAUCCUCCACAAAACUGUCUAAUUAAUCUACCACCUUCAAACGCGGACCAAAACGCUGACAAAAACGCUUACCAUCCACUUCUUAAUAUGGAACAAAACUAUCUAAAUUCCACCUAUUUUUAUCUUCCAUCUUCAAAUACGGGCCAAAACGCUGACCAUCCAUUUCUUAUGGAGCAAAACUCUCAACUAAUCGACAAUUUCAAAAAUGAUCUUCGUGAAUAUGAAUAUAUGACAAUGGAUGACGACGAAUUUAUGAACCAUCUUUCUGAAGAUGGGGCAAUAACUUAUAAGGCAAUUAUUCAAUCGUUACCGGUUUAA